GUAAUUCACUUUUCCUAAAGAGUUCAGAUAAGGUUACGAUAUCUUUUGCUCUGGGGUUGGGAGAAUUGCUUGAACACGCUUACAUUCUGGGAGUGAAAGAUCGGUGCUGUGUUCUUUUGCAAAAGCUCGUUCUCUGACUCCCAAUACUACUUUCUCUUAAUUCUCCUUGAAGGACGUUCAGUCUGAUGAUGAGAUCAAACAGGAGAUGAAUCAACUACAACAGAAAUUGAAUGAGCAACAGAGCAUAUUACAGCGAAUUGCUGCCCCAAACAUGAAGGCCAUGGAGAAGCUGGAAAGUGUGAGGGACAAGUUCCAGGAGACCUCCGAUGAAUUUGAGGCUGCCCGGAAACGAGCAAAGAAAGCCAAACAGGCCUUCGAACAGAUAAAAAAGGAACGCUUUGACCGCUUCAACUUCUGCUUCGAAUCAGUAGCUACCAACAUCGAUGAGAUCUACAAGGCUUUGUCACGAAAUAGCAGCGCCCAGGUGAGGAUGCCAUAUUUGUUCAGGUUCGCCUGGUACCAAGGAGACUGUGUCAUCAGCAAAGUCUUGACCUUCGAUCUCACCAAGUACCCUGAUGCCAACCCAAAUCCCAAUGAUCAGUAG